AGAGGCUCGUUGCUCGUUUGAGAAGUCGAAAGGUUUACCCAGGAGACGGAAAAGCCGGAAAAAGAUACGAGAAAUGCCUGCAAAGGAAAAACUUGAAGGCAAAGCUAAAGCCGGGAGUAUACUGGGGGAUACAGGAUCUGUGACAACCGCGACUAUGGUUCGGCGCCAAAUGCCGCCGCGCGCCUGCAAGAGCAAGAGCCAGAGCGCCGCCAGGCCCAGUCUUAGUCCCAGCCGCCUGGCCAAGAAGCCCAGCCUGACGCCGACCACCGGUUCUCAGGCGCCAUCGCAGACCAUCGCAAAGUCGAGGCCCACCGGUCUCGAGACGAUUUUUGAACGGCCCGGCAAUGAGGACGACGGGCCCACCAGCAGCCAUGCCGUGGCAUUCGGCGAGUGCCAGCGCCGCGUCCUCGCCCUGGGUACGGGCGAAAAAAAAAGAACCCUGUCGCAGAAGAGCUGCCUGAAGGUGCGCAACACCUUGGGCGAACGCAGCACCCGGCACAUGAUGACACUGCGGGCGUCCCGCACUACUUUGGACAGCGUAAUGCUCGGGGGCUCGGACGAUGAAGGCGAGUCGGUCGGAGUCGCUCCCGUAGCUGCUCCCGAAGUCGUUCCCGCUGGAGGAAAUGCCGGUACAAAUCAGCCGGCACCAUUCGUGCUGCGCACCAGCAGGAGGCUCAAGAGUCUGCCUCCGUUUUAGAUUGUUGCACCUUCCACCCUCCAAAUGAAAGAAAAAGAAUAAAGAAAAGAAAAGCAAAGAAAAGAAAAACCCUCUACAGAAUGUCUCUUUUGCUCUCAUUGUAAAUUGAAGCGCCUCUUUCGGCGGAACCUACCCCAAGAGCGGAAAGCGGAGAUCAAUUAGAAUUGUGAACCCCAAAGCGAGCGAUUGAUACGAUACACUCACGAGUACUCAUGCCCAAGCCCGAGUACUCUGUCCAGC